AUGCAUGCAGAGAAUAUUCUAAAUAAGGAAAUGGUGCAACAAGAAGCACAACACCAUCAUGAGGAAGAAGAGGAAGACCAUGCUCAUUCCUGUGGAGUCUCUUCCUCCUCUUCAACGACCACCUCAACCAAUUGCAGCAGUACCUCUAUGACCAUUGAACAACAUCCCAAUUCAGCCAACGAGAGAACCACCAUUCCAUGUAAAUAUUUCAUGAAUGGAUUUUGUAAGAAUGGCGAUCAAUGUAGUUUCUAUCAUCCUCAAUCGCCCAAUUCUUUUAUGUUUUUUUAUCAACAAAUGCUUUUGAAUGCACCGCCUUGUCAUGAAUCUCCUCAACAACAACAACAACAACAACAACGAAUGAUGUAUAUCAUGACACCAAUUCCUCAACCAAUUGCAUGGAUGUCAUCCACUUACGAUCAUCAUUCUUCAAAUAUGUUUCAUUCUUCGUCUUCUAAUUUAUAUUAUAAUCCUCAUUUGACAACACAACCUUACUUUUUUAAUUCCUAUCCUUCAACGAUUACAACAAAUCCACAACAACAAUCUCAUCCUCACAACAGACAUUUUGCUCAAAGAAGAAGUAUUCAAUCAUCACCCUCUCACAGUCAUCCUCAUCAUGCAAAAAGUAAUACGAAUUCUGCAGCCACCAAUAUUUCCAUGUAUAGCGAAAUUUUUGAAGAUGGAGAAGAUGAACCUUCGUUUUAUCAACCCAAAGUGUGUACGUUUUAUGUGAGUGGAAAAGGUUGUAAAUAUGGAUAUCAUUGCAAAUUCUUUCAUCCCUCGACGAGUAAAUGUGUGAGUACGAAUGAAACAAGUUCCAGUCAGCGCUUGAAUACUUUUAACGCAAGUGGAAGAACGCAUUCAGAACAUGGUUAUCAUUAUUCAAAUACGAAUCGUUCAUCAUCAUUGCAUGCUUGA